ACACCGGUGUUUAAGCCAGGAACAGUUGCCUGUUAUUAGCCUUAUACCCUGCACUGAACACUUGGGCAAGUGCUUCUGUUGAGCGACAACGGGGGUGUUUAAAUAUAUAGUUAGUCAUACCAGAAGUGUUCAUUAUCUAACUACUCAGUAAGGGUUAGGGUUAUUAAUUGCUCUGAAAAAUGUCGGCAGAUAGCCCUCAAUACUCCCCGUUCUUUGCUGUGAUGGGAGCUUCUGCAGCCAUGGUCUUCAGUGCAUUGGGGGCAGCCUACGGCACAGCCAAGAGUGGAACUGGCAUCGCUGCCAUGUCAGUGAUGCGGCCAGAACUCAUCAUGAAGUCCAUCAUCCCUGUAGUCAUGGCAGGUAUUAUCGCCAUCUAUGGGCUCGUGGUGGCUGUGCUGAUUGCCAACAACAUCUCUGAGACAAUCACCUUGUAUAAGAGUUUUCUUCACCUUGGCGCUGGGCUGAGUGUGGGCUUAAGCGGACUGGCAGCAGGUUUUGCUAUCGGCAUUGUGGGAGAUGCAGGUGUCAGGGGCACAGCCCAACAGCCCAGGCUGUUUGUGGGCAUGAUCCUCAUCCUCAUUUUUGCUGAAGUUUUAGGGCUUUAUGGCCUCAUCGUGGCUCUCAUUCUGUCCACAAAAUAAAUGUUUGUCUUUACCAUCUCAUUCAUUCCACACAUGCAGAACAACAACCCUUUUGCUCAGUUCCAUAUCAACUUGUGGACCUUAAUCUACCAUGUGGAUCUGACAGGACCAGGUGUGUUGGUAGUAUUGUAAGAGUUCUACCUGGAGUUUUAGUCAUGCCGUCUGCUGUGUCACUACAUGCACCCGUCAAGUUCUCUUAGAUCCACUGUUUAGGUCUAGGGGUUGUUUUAAGAUGGGUUAUGAUCAAAUGGUUGGAUUUCAGUCUAAUCUUAUCUAUACAGUUGUCCAAGGUUAGUUAGUCUAGAUCCCUUUGUAAAUGUGCUCAGUCAGUGUAGUAUCCUGUCCGUGCCGUGCAUGUUUGAGAAUCAAUGUUAUCCACUUCUGGCUUCGUUUUGGUCAUCACUUGUCUGAAAACUGACUUGAAUGAAUCAUGGACAUUUAUUUUUAUUCAUUUUUGGGGACAUUUUUAGUUUCAAGUUGAUGUUAAAGAAGCUUUACAAGUGUAAAUUGAUUUUUUCACUAUGGAAAAUUGAAGAUUUUAAUUUGUUCAUGCUACUGUUUAAAUUGAACAAUGUCUACUAAAUUCCUAGUAUAUGUUUACUAUAAAUGUCUGUAUAGUGAAAUGAAUUGCACUGUGGAUAAUGGUAAGUGCUUGGAAUUCCUCUGUGUGUGGUGGAAGACUAGUGUCCUGAUCUGUGCUCGGGGUAAAUGAAUGGGUUUGUGUGUGUAUUGUAUGACUAUUUGUAUGUUUGAACUCCAAUGCAACAUUCUCAAUCACAUGUACUGUUCACCUGUAGUACUGCAUUCUUUAUUUUGUUGAAGGGGGAGGCUUGCGGUUUGCCUGAUCUGAUUUCCAAAUAAAUCUCCCAAACCUGA